AUGGUGGACUACCUGGCAAACACGGAGAUCAACAGCCAGCGCAUCGCGGCUGUCGAGAGCUGCUUCGGUGCAUCAGGGCAGCCACUGGCCCUGCCGGGCCGAGUACUGCUGGGUGAAGGAGUGCUGACCAAGGAGUGCCGCAAGAAGGCCAAACCGCGCAUCUUCUUCCUCUUCAACGACAUCCUGGUGUACGGCAGCAUCGUGCUGAACAAGCGCAAGUACCGUAGCCAGCACAUCAUUCCGCUGGAGGAGGUGACCCUGGAGACGCUGCCGGAGACGCUGCAGGCCAAGAACCGCUGGAUGAUCAAGACGGCCAAGAAGUCCUUCGUGGUGUCAGCUGCCUCCGCCACGGAACGCCAGGAGUGGAUCAGCCACAUUGAGGAGUGCGUGCGGCGGCAGCUGCUGGCCACGGGCCUGCAGCCCAGCACGGAGCACGCGGCGCCCUGGAUCCCCGACAAGGCCACAGACAUCUGCAUGCGCUGCACGCAGACGCGCUUCUCGGCGCUCACUCGGCGGCACCACUGCCGCAAAUGCGGCUUCGUGGUCUGUGCCGAGUGCUCCCGCGAGCGCUUCCUCCUGCCGCGCCUCUCGCCCAAGCCCUUGCGCGUCUGCAGCCUCUGCUUCCGCGAGCUGGCCGCCCAGCAGCAGAAGGAGGACGUGGAGGAGCAGGGCCUCGGGUCCCCCGGGCCGUCGGCCUACCUGGCUGGGGCCGUCUGCGGGGCGUCCAGUGGAGACGACGAUGACUCAGACGAGGACAGGGAGGGCAGUGGGGAUGCGGACUGGCCCAGCCGCGUGGAGUUCUACGCCUCGGGCGUGUCCUGGUCAUCCUUCCACAGCUGA